AUGGUGCGUGGUUUUCUUGGUCUCGUUAGUUGAGCAUUGUCUGAUAGGUUUCCGUAUAUUUAUCUUUCCUCGAUAUCUUAUUUUGAGCGACAGCGCUUAGUCACUGUUAAUUUCUAGGUUCCCCGUAUGAAUACAGUCGAUUGUCCGUAUCAUGCGCGGCCUUUUGGUAGUUGAGUCGACUCGGCUACCCCACUGCCUCUCACGCUGAUUACAUGCAGGAGUUUUAUGUUUUUGCAUGAUAUAAGCAAGCUUUUUUUUCUCUAUUUUUAGACUCACAAAAGACUGUCGGGUAAGUGAAGCACGCUGUCUGGGUCUGGCGCUUGGCCAGCCUGUAUUAGUGCCUGAUUGCCUUUCCUCUCUAAACCCUAUGCAGUAACUUAUCUCACGCCGACACUAUAUCAGUUUUGGGAUUUUUGCCUUUUGGCUUGCUUGUAACGGGCAACUUUGAUGAGGCAGAGGCUGUUUUGUGUUCGCUCUUAGAUAGAUUCCACUAGACCCGUCAGUUUGGCCCGUGAUAGCCAGUCUUGAAAAUGCCUUAUUAGUCUGGCAGUCAGUCGGGGUUCUUCGUUGGACGUGUUAAUAUAGCAGUCAUCUUAAAAUUUAAGGGUUGCACCACUUUCUCCGCAACCCGGACCUAGUAACUGCUCUGUAUAGCACGAAUGCAGUCGACCAGAAUUUGUUCUGUGCGUGUCGGUCCAGGUUCUCACCGAUGUUGCGUAUUGUGUACUACGGAGCCGCAGGAUUCCUGUACGCACCUGAGAUUUUUUCCGAACGGCAUUUCAUCCGGUCAUACGGAUAAAUGGACAGUCAGGCCCGUUCGAGUUGCCGAAGUCCGCGUUUAGUGUUGACAGCGAGGGUUGAUGUGCAUUUUACUGCCGCACUCUACGGAAGUUCUGCCCACAUAUUUUAAAAAUUAGGAGCUGGCGCCUUUUUCGUUAGGCCUGCCUCAGGCUUUUGUGCCAGCCACCAAGGCGUUCGGCAAAGUAAGGUGGGUCAGAUCGACCGGCUUCUGCAUGUAAGCUCGUCCAGCCGUGAAAAGUCGUAUGGGGGUCCACAUGGAAAAUGUACCCUUCCAGCAAGUAGUCCGUAAACCAUUCCCUCUCCGGAUGGUUUCAGAAACAACGCCCAAGACUUUUAUAAUUUAAAUCUCACCUAGGCGUGUAAUGCACACGCCUGGUACGUCGAUACGAUACGUCGUCCGAUAAAAACAGUUAACAAGCAGUUUUUUUUUCAGGAAUGGCCGUUAAGACACCAGAAUCCCAAAAACAGAAGACUCCCCAGUCAAAUAAGAAGACACCGAACACCAAAUUGGGCGGGAAGCGUCCCCUGCCGGAUGACUCCGAGGACGAUGAGCCUGUGCUUGAUCAGACAAGUUUAAAAGUAAAAAAGAUGAAGCAGUUGGAGGAAUCCGACAACUCGGACCCUGUGGUCGGUAGCGACGAGGACUCCGAGGAGGACGUAAGCAGUGAAGAUGAGGACGACGACAACGAGGAUGAAGAAAAUGACGACGAUGUGGAUGAAGAUGAGGACGGCAGUGAUGAUGAGAGCGAUGCGGAGACUGACGAAGACUCGGGAGCCGAGGAUAAGGUCCCACCGAAACAGAUCAAUAAAACGCCAGCAAAGGGCGAGAGCAAGCAAGCGGCCAAACAAAAAGUCGGCAAGGUCGUCACACAAACGACUUCUAAGUCCUCUGCCAUCCCAACCACUUCUAACGCGCCCUCUCACGUCCUGUUGUUCAACUUCGACAGUCUGAACGAGAAUCUAUUGUCCGGAUUCCUCAAGAAGCGAGGCGUAAAUGCGCAGACAAUCGGGUGUAUCUACUCACCUGUUGCCCUUAUUGGCCUCCCGAAUGACGAAGCGGCAAAGAAGGCGGUGUCUGCCUGUUCCGGGGCGACAUACAACACGCGUUCUCUGUCUGCAGUUAUUGUUAAUGGCGACGUCUCGGAGAUCCGUACAAGCAAACCCAAGAACCCCGGCACCGGCGGCAGCAAUGCUCCUCUCAUGACUGUGUUUGCUACCAAUUUGCCAAAGUCUUUGACGACAGAAAACCUCAAGAAGAUGAUUGGCAUCGAACCAAAUUCUUUAAGACUUAUGACGACGGGACCUAAGAACAGAUUCACUAAUGCCUGUUAUAUUGACUGCGCUAGUGAGGCUGAUGCAAAGAAAGCUUUCGAAGCGCUUGAAGGUCGGUCAGAGUCGGGGACAACCAUCAAGGCUUUUCUGAGAGGUCUGCGUAAGUUCUAGUAUAUUUAUCUAACAAAUUAAACCUCUUUACUUCACAACUAUAGUUUUGUAUUGUGAAAUUGUAACCUACUAUACUCGAUGCUAUUGUUUGUUGCAGCACAAUGGUCUCCUAUUACAGAAUCAUCUUUGGUCAUCUGUAAUGUACCUUUCACCGCUGGUCAGGAGGACAUGAAGAAGGAAUUCCCCACAGCCACUUCUGUUGAAUCUAUGAAAAAGGGGUGAGUCGUGAUUUGGCUAAUCUACUUCCAUCUUUAGCACAUUCCACCUGCAGUUCAAGUCAAAGGAAGACAAAGAAAAGGCUGCUAAGCAGGCAAAUGGAAAGGUCAUGGGUGGUCGCCCACUUCGCGUGGUAACGCCAGGAGAGGACACAAAGACUGCGAGUCUAGUUGUCUCGAACCUACCUUUCACAGCGAAAGUCGACGACAUUCGCUCGCUGUACCCAGGCUGCUCCUGGGUUACCUUGCAGAAGCGUGAUGACGGAAAAUUCAGUGGGUAAGUUGCCUUCCUGGGAGUGCCUGCCCUUUCAUCUUGUUUGAUAAUUUUGUCUAACCAAUCUGUCCUUAGAACUGCGAUAGUUUCGUUCAAGUCUGAAGAGGCCACCAAAAAGGCAUUGGAUGAAACACCCUCAAAGCAGCUCCAAGGCAGGCAGUUACGGGCCCAUCUAGAAGGUAAAUUUCUCAACUCCUGUUCUAGUCGUCACCCAUCUCAAACCCCAUUCACCUUAUCUUUUGCUAUCUGCACAACAUAAAAUCCAUAGCAUCGUUUACCUAUUGUUCCAAUUUGUAAUGUUCAAGGCCAACAACCGGAGGAGUCUAAGAAAGAUGUCCCGUCUAAGAAGGCUGCGAAGCAACCCGCCUCUAAAGAACAGAAGAAAGGUAAGCCCUCUGUUCUCUUAAUUCUCUCCUAGCACCUGUUAUGCCAGCGCAGGUCGGCAGCGAAUCUGAAGAUGACGGUGAUGAAAAGGAUGAUGAGGACGACAGCGAGGAAGACGAUGAUGAUGCAGAACAAGAUGAUGAAGCUGUCUCUGAAGAUGAUGACGAAGCCGGUUCUGAAGAUGACGAAGACGAAGCCGGUUCUGAGGACGAAGACGAUUCUGGUGACGGAGGUGAGCCUGCUUCUGACGAAACCGACGAGGAGUCAGCCGAGGCCCCGCCCGCCAAACAUCCCAAAAAAGAUGUUACUAAACAGAAUGGCUCCGGCAAGCCUUUUCGUGGGUUUGGCGGAAACAAAUUCCAAGGCGGCCGAGGAAGCCCGAGGGGUGGACGCGGCGGCAACGCUUUCCGAGGCGGUAACAGUUUCCGAGGUCAUGGGGGCCGUGGCUUUAAAGGGCAAUCCAACAGAGGUCGCGGGGGCGGCUUCAAGUCCAACUGGAGAGGUGGCAAAUAAAUGACACCUACACAAAUUGUAUAAAUGAAUUAAAUAAAGACUUUUUGUACCAUCCAGUUCUCUUUCUUGCCUUAUUGGAACUCGCAUGUCACACGCUUAUUCUUUUAGGCGCGUCUGCUUUGCGAACCACCGAAUUCAGGCCUUUACGGGGCUGGAUCAACAUGCUUAGACGUUUUCAACGUGCCGGUUGACUUAACCGAAGUGGAUCUGCGUCCUUACUUUCCCUCCGCUAGGAGCAUUAAGUGUCAGCCCUAUGGGUGAGUUUGUAAGACUUCAAGUAGUCACAUGCUGUCCUCUCUGUCGUUAAGACUUGUUAGCCGUUGACUUGCUUUUCAUUACUGAUUGGAAGCUCACAGACUUGGGAAAAAAUGAGGUUUUUGCCAAUCCUACUUACCGUUUUGCGAGAUGUAUUAGUAGGCAAGCACACUUUUUGUAAGACGGUAAACGAUUAAGGAAGUGCAUGUUUUGCUGCUCCAGCCUCGAAUAGCGAUUUUGUAAAUUUAUACAUGCGUUUCGUAUGCAAGACAAUCGGUCCACUAACACCUACCUUUUUUCUUUUUUGGGCGUCCAAGCAGGCCUUUUCAUUUGCGACGCUCGCAUGAGCAGGUCACCUAAAUAUAAGCGGCCCACGUCUGGCGUCCCCUCCGUGUCGGUCUGAUGGACAAAUUGAUGUAGAUUUCGGCUUUUCGGUAGUGGCGUGCGCGACCACAGUUACGAGCGGGAUGAUAUUUUCUUUAAUCAUCAAUGUGGGUUUGUGUUUGCUGCUAUAUUUCUGCUUGCUGUCUUUCGGAAACAGUGCCUGCGUACUACAGUUCCGUUCGGAGCGUGACUGCCAGGCUGUCUAUGAUGAGUGCCAAACAGGGAAGAACGUUGGUGGACAGACUGUUCAGGCGCAAUUCAGCGAGGGUAAGUGCUUGUUUAGCGCCGUAUGUCUACAUAAUUUUAAGGUCACACGUCCUUGGCUUCUCAUGGUCAGCAACGUAGUGAGAUGCCCCACAGCCAUCAGGGUCAGAAGGGAAGAUAUGGGGCCGAUAAUUACGGUUCCAACGAUGGCUGUGUACUCAAAAUACAUAACCUUAGCUGGUCAGUGACCGAUGAGGAACUUCUUCAGGAGUACCCCCGUGCUGUCAGCGCAAGCGUAAUGCUGACGGAUCAAGGGAGGUCUAGAGGGUAAGGAUCAAUUUGUGAUACAUAUUCGCAGCUGGGGUACCGUCACUUUCUCCUCUCCUGAGGACUGCCAGGCCGCUGAGUCAUCUAGUUCUGGUCGUGUCAUCAAUGGACGCCCAAUCCGCGUUGAAAUUCAAGGUUCGUCUUCUUCAUAAUCACUUUACAUGAAAGACUGUUAUCGCGAAGCAAGUGACGAAUACAGAAAUCGAGGACGCCAGUACAACGACAGGCAGAAUGGUAAGAUUAACAACUAAUAACAACCUCUUGUAGAUCGUGAAUCUUACAGAGGGCAAAGCCACUACGACGACGGCCGCCGAUUUCGUGGCGGUCGGGGUGGUGGCGGCUUUGGUCGUGAGCGCGAAGUUCGCCGUUUUGAUGACCGUCGAGGAGAUUUGCGGCGAGACCGCAGUCCAAGUCCCGACAGGGGACAGAGGCGUCGAGGCGGUGGCGGCGGCACUCUUGGUGGAGGCUCCCGAGGACCCAGAAUAACGUCGGCAGUUAUCAGACGGGCCCCUGGUGAUUCCUCUGACUCGGAUUUUGACGGCCGAUAA